AGAACAGUUGUGAAUUUUAUAUUCUGCAAUUUGUUACUGGCAACCAUGAGAGACUUAGGAUUCAGCAGUGAGCAGAUCCUAGCAUUUCCUCCCGGAAUUUAUAGUCUAGUUGGAAAACAGUUGAAUAUAUCAUUACCACAGUACUUGGAUUUGAGCUGCAUAUUGGAAUUAAUCUACACUUAAAAUGCCACCUGCAAUUGGAGGACCAGUUGGAUACACCCCCCCAGAUGGAGGCUGGGGGUGGGCCGUGGUGGUCGGAGCUUUCAUUUCCAUUGGCUUCUCCUAUGCCUUUCCCAAGUCCAUCACUGUGUUCUUUAAAGAAAUUGAGGGUAUAUUCAAUGCUACCACUAGUGAAGUGUCAUGGAUAUCUUCCAUUAUGUUGGCUGUCAUGUAUGCUGGAGGUCCUAUCAGCAGUAUCCUGGUGAAUAAAUAUGGAAGCCGUCCAGUCAUGAUUGCUGGGGGCUGCUUGUCUGGCUGUGGCUUGAUUGCAGCCUCUUUCUGUAACACUGUACAGGAACUUUACUUGUGUAUUGGAGUCAUUGGAGGUCUUGGUCUUGCCUUCAACUUGAAUCCGGCUCUGACCAUGAUUGGCAAGUAUUUCUACAAAAAGCGACCCUUGGCCAAUGGAUUGGCCAUGGCAGGCAGCCCUGUGUUCCUCUCUACCCUGGCCCCCCUCAAUCAAGCUUUCUUUGGUAUAUUUGGCUGGAGAGGAAGCUUCCUAAUUCUUGGGGGCCUCCUACUAAACUGCUGUGUAGCUGGAUCCCUGAUGCGACCAAUAGGGCCCAAACCAGAAGAGGUAGAGAAACUUAAGUUCAAAGACUCAAUUCAGGAAGCUGGAAAAUCCUCCAAAAAAGAUGGGGGUGAUGCAAAUACAGAUCUUAUUGGAGGAAACCCCAAAAAAGAAAAACGAUCAGUCUUACAAACGAUCAAUAAAUUUCUGGACUUGUCCCUAUUUACCCAUAGGGGCUUUUUGUUAUACCUCUCUGGAAAUGUAGUCAUGUUUUUUGGGCUUUUUACCCCUUUGGUCUUUCUUAGUAAUUAUGGCAAGAGUCAGCAUUAUUCCAGUGAGAAAUCGGCUUUCCUUCUUUCCAUCCUGGCUUUUGUUGAUAUGGUAGCCAGACCUUCUAUGGGACUUACAGCCAACACAAAGUGGAUAAGACCUCGAAUCCAAUAUUUCUUUGCUGCUUCUGUGGUCGCAAAUGGAGUGUGCCAUUUGCUAGCACCUUUAUCCACCAGCUACAUCGGGUUCUGUGUCUAUGCGGGAGUCUUUGGAUUUGCCUUUGGAUGGCUCAGCUCUGUAUUGUUUGAAACGUUGAUGGACCUCGUGGGACCCCAGAGGUUCUCCAGCGCCGUAGGACUGGUGACCAUCGUGGAAUGCUGUCCUGUCCUCCUGGGGCCGCCGCUACUAGGCCGUCUCAAUGACAUCUAUGGCGAGUACAAGUACACGUACUGGGCUUGUGGAGUCAUCCUCAUCAUCGCGGGCAUCUACCUCUUCAUCGGCAUGGGCAUCAACUACCGACUUGUGGCAAAGGAACAGAAAGCAGAGGAGGAGAAGAAGAAAAAGGAAAAUAAAGAGGAGGAGACCAGUAUAGAUGCUGAUGAGAAGCCAAAGGCAGUAACAGAAGCAGCACAGUCUCCACAGCAGAAAAGCCCGGGCGACCCCACAGAAGAGGAGAGUCCCGUCUGAGCCGUGGGCCGAAGCACGGAUGAGCAGUCCUGACCCCAGACACCUGAACAUUCUACUGGCCUCUAGUCUACCAGUGGUGCUCAAUGCAGACAAUGGACAUUUGUGUGGAAAACCUCCCAGGUGUUCAUUGAUGGAAUUUUUGUUUCACUCCUUACCAAUGUCUGAAUUUAAAAUAUCCCAAGCUUGUGGGUAAGGAGCAGUUGGCAAAGGAUAUGGGAAAGAAGUGUAGAGGUUUUUGUUUUGUUUUAUUUUAAUCUUAGCUUUUAACAGUGUCAUGAAGAUUAUAAUGUGCCUUAAGUUUUAGUCUUUAGAACUCUUUAGAGAGCCUUAACUUUUAAAACCAUUCUGCUGAAUUCAUCUAUUUUAAGUGUCAUGUUAAAAGGAAAAAAUAACUAACUUGCUUGAGAUAACUCUAAAAUUUAAAUAAUCUUCCUUUGUUAUUUGUAAUGUGUUGUCAGAUGUUGUUACUGGGACAUUUAUGAAUAGAAAUAUUGGUUAAAAGUUGGGAGGUGGGAGGUUUUAUAAGAUACUGACUAAAAUAUUUUUCUAGCAUCAACAGUUGCCUGGUAUAUGUGCCUGCUAGCUACCUAUUUAAGAAAAUUUAAGUAUAAAACUUCAGAAACAUCUCAGCUACAUUCAGUUUGUCAACACUUUCUGGGUAGGUACUUCCUCUUUGAUGCUUAUUACAAACCUAGAGCUAGAGUGUGUCACUCAGUUACCACUUCUGCUCCACAAAUAUUUUGAGUUAUUGCAGGUUGUUGCCCCUUGGAAAUCCCAUGGAAUUCUUUUUCUGACUUUGAAAGCAAGAAUUAAUCUAAAAAACUUUUUAUUCCUCGUGGCUCCUUAGUAAAUACAUCACGUCUGAUUUAGUGUAGCCAGGUAUUUCAAGCAUCAGCUGAAUUCAGCGUAGGUUUUUCCAACACUGAGACUGUUGGAAUCGUUGGGUAUGAAUUUGGUUUUGGGUUUUGGUGUUAGUUGGUGGUACUGGGAUUGAACCCAAAUACAAAACAAGCAUGCUAGGACAUGGUCUGCCACUGAAUCACACCCCCUAGAAUGUUUAAUUCCCCUGAAACUUUUGGUUUUUGGUGGUUUCAUUUAUAUUUGCCUUUAGAUUAGAGCUGUAUGUGAGAUAGCACAGACUGAAUGAGUGUGUUGUUUUGUUUGUUGUUUUUUACAUUUUUCCCUCCCACUGUUUGCAAAAUCAAGAGGGCCAGAAAAAUUUGGGUCCAGGUAAACCAACAAAGAUAAAAUAGAGGGAUGCUGGUAGUUUCCAUAAGGAAUCCCCUCCCUCCACCUACAAUAAGACUUCAGGGGAAAAAAAAAAUUCCGACAUGCUUAAAAUUAUUGGACACACAAACAUGAGGUUUUUUGACCCUUUUCACUGACCUGAAAUAUAGAAAACUUUGUUCAGUUUAAGGAUAAGAAGGGAGGGUGGGCCAGAAUGGAACUGUAAAUGUUUUUUAACCCAAAAGGCAAAUGCAAUGAAUUAUUUAGUUCAUGUAAAAUACCGCUGGAACUGAAAAGAUUCAAAGUAUAGAUUAAAAACAUAUAAAAAGUCUUUUCCAAAUAAAACAUUUAUUUUACUUUUAGAAAAUAAUUCUUCCCCCAUAUGUUUAUUUUCAUGAGGAAAAAUAUUGUGCCUUCAUUUUCAUUAUCAAUUUUAGUUUGGCCCUUGCUAUUAUUAAAUCUUUGGUUUAUAUAGUGUGUGAUUUGUGUAUAUGACUUAUUUUAUCUUGAUUUUUCUUCUGUACUCUUUAAGAUAUCAGGAGGGAAUUUUAAAACCUUUCUCUCUCUUUUUUUUUUUUAAUUUUUUAGGUAUGGUCUCAGUCUAGCCCAGGCCAACCUGGAAUUCACUAUUUCUCAGGGUGCCUUGAACUCACAGUGAUCUUCCUGGUGAUCCUCCUACCUCUGCCUCCUGAGUGCUGGGAUUAAAGGCCUGUGCCACUGCGCCUGGCUUCCAUUGUGUUAAGAUUAUCUACUCGUCAUGUUCUCAAUUCAAGAGUGAUUUUAAAGGAGGGAAUGGUGGUGCACGCCUUUAAUCCAGCACUCGGUAGGAGGAUCACUGUGAGUUCAAGGCCACCCUGAGACUACUUAAUGAAUUCCAGGUCAGCCUGGGCUAGAGUGAGACCCUACCUCGGGAAAAACCAAAAAGAAAACAUUGGAAUCCUCCCUUAGCUUAGGAGUGUUGAGGCAGGUCACAGGAAUGUUAGGGGAGAUCCUGCUGAGAGUAUUGGCAGGUGUGGAGCCACAUCUAACCCUUCUUCUGUAAAAAUGAGAUUUCUGUAGUGAAGCGAGUGGCAGAAAUGUAGGAAGUACAAACAAGGCAAGAGUAAGGGUUCCUUACCCCAUCCCAGUUGCUGAAGCUACAGUCACUGGGCAGACUCUGCUCAUCUGUGCCCGGCAAUGAAUAGCUGGUUUAUGAUGCAGGUGCGCCAUCACUCUUCGGAAGGAAGAGUUCUGAAUUUGCUGUAUUCAAAGGCCAAAGCUAGUAACUGGUAUAAAACUGGAAUUAAACUUUUAAAAUUUCA